GGCACAACCAAGAGAUUUAUCAAAGGGUGCAUGUGACUAAGUUAAGUAAGAGACACAGCCCCAGCGUGAAGGAAACAGCUGCUCGUUUUUGCUUUCACACUUGGCAGCUGGACAAAGAAGGGAGAUGUUUGUGUUGAAUACCUCUGCAAAACUGAGUACAUUUUUUGAAGUGUCACGGAGAAUGCAACUUACAGUUAUUGAAUGGGGCCCUUCCUGCUUUUCGUUGCGGUGGUGAAAGUGUCAUCAUUUUUUUGACAAGAAUCAAAGGACAAUGGAGUCCAACACACUUGGAAAAGCUGCAACACUGGAUGAACUAUUAAAUACCUGCAUUAAAAUGUUUGACAACAAAGGGGAGCUGAACGGCAAUAAUUUGCCAAGAACGUUUCUUUUAAUGCAUCGAUGGUAUCUGUCAUCCACAGAACUGGCAAAUAAACUUCUCUCCCUAUAUAGAAAUGCCAAUGGAGAAAACUGCAGUGAAAUCCACUUAAAAAUCUGUUACUUUAUGAGGUACUGGAUUUUGGAAUUUCCUGCAGAAUUUAAUCUGGAUCUUGGUUUGGUUCAUCUGAUUGAGGAGUUUCAAGAAUUAGCUUGCCAUCUAGGUUAUGAAGAACAUAUACACCUUAUUGACAUUUCUAGCAUACCCUCUUAUGAUUGGAUGAGAAGAAUCACACAGAGGAAAAAAACAUCCAAGAAAGGAAAAGCUUGCCUAUUAUUUGAUCAUUUGGAACCCAUUGAAUUAGCAGAGCAUCUCACUUUUUUGGAGUAUAAAUCUUUCCGAAGGAUCUCUUUUACAGAUUAUCAGAGUUAUGUGAUCCAUGGUUGCCUGGAGAACAAUCCGACUCUGGAAAGAUCAAUUGCUUUAUUUAAUGGCAUCUCAAAGUGGGUCCAAUUGAUGGUUCUGAGCAAACCAACUCCUCAACAAAGAGCAGAAGUUAUCACAAAAUUCAUCAAUGUUGCACAGAAACUUCUUCAGCUUCAAAAUUUCAAUACACUGAUGGCUGUUGUAGGAGGCCUAAGUCACAGUUCUAUUUCACGUCUGAAAGAAACUCAUUCUUAUCUUUCUUCAGAAGUUACCAAGGAUUGGGAUGAAAUGACUGAACUGGUCUCUUCCAAUGGAAACUACUGCAACUACCGCAAAACAUUUGCAGACUGUGUCAACUUCAAAAUCCCCAUCUUAGGAGUCCACUUGAAGGAUCUAAUAGCAGUUCAUGUAGUUUUUCCAGACUGGAUCAAUGAGGACAAAGUCAACCUUGUGAAAAUGCAGCAGCUUUCAGUCACUUUGAGUGAGCUGGUAGCCCUGCAGACUGCAACCCACCAUCUGGAGCCAAAUAUGGAUUUAAUUAAUCUGCUGACGCUUUCACUGGAUCUCUACCACACAGAAGAUGAUAUUUAUAAGCUUUCACUGGUGCUAGAACCUAGAACAUCUAAAUCACCUACCUCUCCAACAACCCCUACAAAGCCAGGAGUACCCCUUGAGUGGGCAUCUGGUGUAAUACCAAAGCCUGACCCAAGUAUUAUUAAUAAACAUAUCCAAAAGCUAGUUGAUUCUGUUUUUAAGAAUUAUGACCAUGACCGUGAUGGCUAUAUUUCACAAGAAGACUUUGAAAGUAUAGCAGCAAAUUUUCCUUUCCUGGACUCAUUCUGCGUAUUAGACAAAGAUCAGGAUGGCCUUAUCAGCAAAGGAGAAAUGAUGGCAUAUUUUCUAAGAGCUAAAUCACAGCUACAGUGUAAAAUGGGACCAGGUUUUAUACAUAACUUCCAAGAGAUGACCUAUCUUAGGCCAACUUUCUGUGAACAUUGUGCUGGAUUUCUCUGGGGUAUAAUCAAGCAAGGCUACAAAUGCAAAGAUUGUGGUGCCAACUGCCACAAACAGUGCAGAGAUCUGCUAGUUCUAGCUUGUAGGAAAUUUUCCAGGGGGACUUCACUGAAUAGUGGUCACGGUUCUUUGCCCAAUAGUCCAUCACUGCCUGGAGUACAAGAUGAAGUAUUUAAAUUUCCCACUGUAACCCCACAAAACCAGGAUCUUGAUAGCAGAGCAAUCACACUUGUAACCGGCUGCUCUCAGAAGAUUUCAGUUCAUCUCCAGCGGGUAACCACUAGUCAAGCAACUCAGACAGAACCACUGUGGAAUGAACCAGGUUGGGGUGAUUCGGGAUCACACACUUUCCCCAAAAUGAAAUCCAGGUUCUAUGGUAAAUCUGGAAAGAAUAAAGGUUUUGCAAAAUGGGAGAAUGAAAAGUCUAACAUUCCAGUCAACAGGGACACAACAGUAUGUGUGAUGGAUCAAAAUGGAACAGAGACUCUUCUAGAAAGACAGGAAGUCAAGGCUUGUUGAUUUGCUUCAGAAAAUCUGCAGUCAGAAGAUAAUUCAAGAAAACUGUGUGAUAUUUUAUAAAUCGCCUGGAUAUGGCUGAACUUCAUACCAAUGUUAUAUUCAUCAGAUUUUAUCACUGGUGACAAUGACAAGACUACACUAUUUAUUUUGUCACACAAGUAAUUUGAUCAAUCUUGCACUGAUGGAAAACAAAGGAACAUUAUAACUGUAGAACACCUGCAAUUCUGUUGCCAGCAACAGAAUCCUGGCUCUGAAUCUAUCACUACUAAAACCAUCACUACCAAAAUCAUAUGGGCUUAUCGAAGUAUCAGUUAUCAAAAUUCCUGGAUCCAAAUUUUGUCAACCUGCCACAUCCCCCAUUAACUGAAAGCUGAUUUUCUUCCUGGAACUAAGAGCUCAGGUUCCCCAGUGGCUACAUUCACAUAUUAGAGUCAUUAGGUUGAGGGUUUUCUUUAAAAAAUAUUAUUUCUCAACACGUAUGAAGCUAUCUAAAUUUUUAUAUUCAGUUUGUGAUAAUCCACAAUGUGUGCUUGCUACUUAAUUCACAGAACUGGAUGAAACAAUAUUACAUACUUGGCAUACAAAGAUUGUGGAGUUUAGGUGGUGUAAUUUAGCCUAGCUUUCUUCGAUCUUAAUAUCUGCCAAGUGCAGUUCACAAUUCCCAUCGUCCCCAGCAUGGCUAAGAGCCAACCACACCUGGAAAGCACCAAGCUAAAGAAAUCUGAAAGAAGAAUAAAAGUUGGUCUUUCACUGUUUCCUAGAAUGAUGUAAACAAGUAUUAUGUUUAAUUUCAUGGUUGUUGGAGCAGUUUUGUGGGAUUUUCACACCUUUUAGCAAACUGGAAAUAAACACUGGAUUUUAUAAAUAGCAAAUGUUUUAUAACAUACAGCACAUUUGAUGAAAAUCAGAGUUGAUAGAAUCAGUAUCCUUACCUAGAGAUUCAGUAACAUUCUGAUGUGUCAUCUUGCUCAGUACUGUAAUUUUGAAAGAGGCCAGCUGCAAUCAUGCAUCUGCUUGAAACAUUAUCCUCUGGGCUAAAUUGUAAAUUGCACAGAAUCUUGCCACAUUAUUAAUCUGUGAUAUGGCCACAAAGAUAUUUAUUUCUGUUUUAAAAACAUAAAAUUAAUCGUUGCCUUGACAAUAUGGAUUUCUGCCUAUUUAAAUCCAAAUAACUGGAGUGACUUCAAUUUAUAACUUAUUCUAUGUUGCAAAAUAUAAGGGAACCUUUUUUAAAAUUAAUAUUUAGCAGAUUCUAUUUCUCUGUUAAUAUCUCUCACUACUUCCACCAAAUUGCCAGAAAAGGCUGUAAUUCAUAAACCUAGGUCUUAAAAUCAUCCAUAAGAUUUAUCCAUUUAAAAAAAAUGCAACAUUUUUGCAUUAUUUGCAAACAACUAAAGUAUGGAAUUCUGGUGCUUACUCUAUUGAUAUUUAAAAAUUAGAUGUUUUGUAUCUUCUCAUUAUUUUAGCUACUCCUGAGGGGAAAAAAAGAAGUCUAGCCUUUGUGCUUAGAUAACUAAUUUUCAACUUCAUUUUUUAACCAUCUCUCGACUGACAGAUUAUUUCUUAUACAUCAUUUAGACAGGCCUAUACAUGUUUUUGAAAUUAUAAGGAUUUCUGGGGGAAAAUCAAUUUAUUGCAGGCAGAAUAAUUGUGACUUAUUUUGGAUUUAGAUAGGGGCCUGUAUGUUACUACAUAAUUCCCACUGGACGGGGUUAGGAAUAGAAACAUAUAAAUAAUCAAUUCUGUUUAAGGAGAAGCCUUUUUAUAUACAUAUCUUCCUUCUACCAGUCAGGUAUCAAUUAACAUUCACUUUGCAUAUCUGUGGAAAUUCCCUAGAGUACAAUAUAUAUAUAGAGAGAGACUUUCCAUAUUAUCAAGA